GUGUAAAGUAGACCCUCCUCUCUUCACUUCUUUUACAUAUAAAACUAAGAUGAUUUCAUUUCUAAUGAUUACAUACAACCCCAUUUGCAUAUUUUGAUAUAUAUGAGAGAAGAGAGUAGAAGAAGCUAAGGAACUAACAUUGUUCUGAGUGAGUUCCCAAGGCAUUGAAAAUGGUGAAAGAUUAUUAAUUAAUUGUUAUGGGAAAAACAAUCAAGAUAAAAGCAAGCUAGUCUUGUUUUUGUUUAUGGAGCUACAAGAACGAAGAAUGAUAUAAGUGUGAAAAGAAGCUGCUUCAUCAUCAUCUUCUUCUUCUUCUAUUCAAGCAUGUCAACAACAAUCCUAGUACCUUUUCUUCUUCUUCUUCUUAUGGUUUGUCAUGUGGCAUGUUCUUUUGAAAAUCAAACCUUUAGGCCAUUGGAGGAGCUACGCAAGUUGAGAACCAUAAGAAACCAUCUUCAGCAAAUCAACAAACCAAGUGUUAAAACAAUUCAGAGUCCUGAUGGUGAUAUCAUAGAUUGUGUUGUGUCUCAUAGGCAACCAGCUUUUGAUCAUCCUCUAUUGAGAGGCCAGAAACCAUUGGAUCCACCAGAAAGGCCAAAGGGACAUAAGAGUAAGAGUGAAAAAAUGAGUGAGAAUUUUCAAGUGUGGAGCUUCUCUGGGGAAUCAUGUCCAGAAGGAACAAUUCCAAUCAGAAGAACAACAGAAAAUGACUUAUUAAGAGCUUCCUCUGUUACCACCUUUGGAAGAAAAUUAAUCACUUCUUUUAGAAGGGAUACAACUGGUGAUGGACAUGAGCAUGCAGUAGGGUAUGUGAGUGGAGAUGAAUACUAUGGAGCAAAAGCAAGCAUAAAUGUGUGGGCACCUCUUGUAGAAAACCAAUAUGAAUUCAGCUUAUCUCAAAUUUGGGUCAUUUCUGGUUCUUUUGGGGAUGAUCUUAACACUAUUGAAGCUGGUUGGCAGGUCAGCCCUGAGCUCUAUGGGGACAGCUUUCCAAGAUUCUUUACUUAUUGGACGACUGAUGCAUACCAAGCAACCGGGUGUUACAAUUUGCUUUGCUCUGGCUUUGUUCAAGUUAACAAUAAAAUUGCAAUUGGGGCCGCAAUCUCUCCAACUUCUUCAUAUAACGGUGGACAAUUUGAUAUUAGUUUACUCAUUUGGAAGGAUCCAAAGCAUGGGAAUUGGUGGCUUGAAUUUGGGUCAGGGGUGUUAGUAGGGUACUGGCCAUCAUUCUUGUUCUCACACUUAGGGGACCAUGCAAGCAUGGUUCAAUUUGGGGGUGAAGUUGUAAAUUCAAGGUCUUCAGGGUCUCACACAAGCACCCAAAUGGGAAGUGGACAUUUUGCUGAGGAGGGGUUUGCAAAAGCUUCAUACUUUAGGAAUUUGCAAGUUGUGGAUUGGGAUAACAAUUUGAUUCCAUUGAACAAUCUCAAGGUUUUAGCAGAUCACCCAAAUUGCUAUGAUAUACAAGGAGGCAUUAAUAAUGUUUGGGGGAAUUACUUUUACUAUGGUGGUCCUGGAAGAAACAUCAAGUGUCCCUAAGGGAAUUAAUUAAUUAAUUAAUUAAUUAAUCAUAUAGAAGAAUUAUAUAUAGAUAUUAGAUAGAGGUGAAUCUUUUCUUCUUUUCCUUUUAAUUUCUUUUUUUUUUCAAUUUUGGGAUAGUACCCAUUUUCCUCUCAAGUUCUUUUAGUUAGUGAUCUUGGGUAAUUUAUUUUUAUAUGUUUAAAUUAAAGUUCUAAAUUGUUGAUUCCUUUCUUUUCUUUUCUCUUUUUACUAACAGGUCAUCCAUUGAUCACAUAUUGCUUUCUGGAAAUUUUUGUAAAUCUUGGAAGGAAAAAGAGUAAAUAUACUAUAUGAUUCUUGGUA